UAAGUUCAAAUUUUAAAACAAAAACAAAGCAACAUUAAAAAGUGAUUAAAUUUCCUUGUCUAAAUCCAUAUUCAUUCAUUAUCCCUUCCAAAUUCAAGCCCUUCAUCAUCUUCAUCUUCUAAUAUAACUACAUCCUCUUGCUCUUAUUCUUCAACGUUGAUUUUUCGCUGGAUUUGUUGAGUACGAGAAUCGCUGGGCUUAUGAUCGAUUCGAAUCACAAAGAUUAAUGCUCAAUUUCGAUUCACCCAUAAGAUUCAAAUCAUUCGACAUGAGAAUCGAAUCGAAUCGAAUUGUAGUAUUGUUCGAUUGAAAUCGCAAAUCAAAAGAUUGUGAUAGCUUGCAGGAUUCAAAAGUUAAUGCCAACAUGCAAUGGAUGUUUGUUAAUACUAGUUGAUGGUUAUGGAUAAUUGAGCAGAGAAAUGGAAUAAUGAAGCGUGUGACUAUUUCUCAGUUCUCGUCUCUUGUUGGAGUAAUCUUAUACACAAACUGCUUCUGAGCACCCUUUCAAGGGAAUAUUGACUAACCUUCCCAAACCUGGGGGUGGAGAGUUCGGAAAAUUCUAUAACCUGCCUGCCUUGAAUGAUCCACGAAUCGAUAGAUUGCCAUAUUCCAUAAGGAUACUUUUGGAAUCUGCAAUCCGCAAUUGUGAUAACUUCCAAGUUACGAAGGAAGAUGUGGAUAAAAUUAUUGAUUGGGAAAAUACAUCACCAAAGCAAGUUGAAAUUCCCUUCAAGCCUGCUCGUGUUCUCUUACAGGAUUUUACUGGAGUACCAGCAGUUGUUGACCUUGCUUGUAUGCGGGAUGCAAUAAAGGAUCUUGGCAGUGAUCCUAAGAAGAUCAACCCAUUGGUUCCAGUAGACCUUGUAGUUGAUCAUUCAGUUCAAGUAGAUGUAGCAAGAUCUGAAAAUGCCGUGCAAGCAAAUAUGGAACAUGAAUUUCAGAGGAACAAGGAGAGAUUUGCUUUUCUCAAAUGGGGUGCAUCUGCUUUCCAAAACAUGCUCGUGGUUCCUCCAGGUUCUGGAAUUGUUCACCAGGUUAACCUGGAGUAUCUUGGACGGGUUGUCUUUAACACUGAUGGCAUCCUCUACCCUGAUAGUGUGGUUGGUACCGAUUCACAUACUACUAUGAUUGAUGGGCUGGGAGUUGCUGGGUGGGGUGUUGGAGGGAUUGAAGCAGAAGCAGCGAUGCUUGGUCAGCCUAUGAGCAUGGUGUUGCCAGGUGUUGUUGGAUUCAAAUUGUCUGGAAAAUUGCGUGAUGGUGUCACAGCCACUGACUUGGUUCUGACAGUGACUCAGAUGUUGAGGAAGCAUGGUGUUGUUGGGAAGUUUGUUGAGUUUUAUGGUGAUGGUGUGGGUGAAUUAUCAUUGGCUGAUAGGGCGACCAUUGCAAAUAUGUCCCCUGAAUAUGGAGCGACCAUGGGUUUCUUCCCUGUAGAUCAUGCUACCUUGCAGUAUCUUAAAUUAACAGGAAGAAGUGAUGAGACUGUGGCAAUGGUGGAAGCAUAUUUGCGUGCAAACAAAAUGUUCGUUGACUACAAUGAGCCGCAAGAAGAGAGAGCUUACACAUCUUAUCUGCAAUUGGACCUAGCAGAUGUUGAGCCCUGUGUUUCAGGACCAAAGAGACCUCAUGAUCGAGUUCCUUUGAAGGAAAUGAAAACCGACUGGCAUUCAUGUCUUGAUAGCCGAGUUGGAUUCAAGGGCUUUGGUGUACCCAAGGAAGAACAAGAUAAAGUGGCAAAAUUCUCAUUCCAUGGACAACCUGCUGAACUUAAGCAUGGCAGCAUUGUCAUUGCAGCUAUUACAAGUUGUACAAACACAUCAAACCCUAGUGUUAUGCUUGGGGCUGGACUUGUUGCAAAAAAAGCUUGUGAACUUGGCUUGGAGGUUAAGCCAUGGAUUAAAACGAGUCUUGCUCCAGGAUCUGGAGUUGUUACAAAAUAUUUGGAGCAGAGUGGCCUACAGAAAUACUUGAAUCAGCAGGGCUUUCACAUUGUUGGUUAUGGUUGCACAACUUGUAUUGGGAAUUCUGGAGAACUUGAUUCGGAAGUUGCAUCUGCAAUUUCAGAUAAUGACAUUAUUGCUGCAGCUGUGCUUUCUGGGAAUCGGAACUUUGAAGGCCGUGUUCAUCCACUGACAAGAGCUAACUACCUUGCGUCACCUCCCUUAGUUGUGGUCUAUGCACUGGCUGGCACCGUUGACAUUGACUUUGAGAAGGAGCCAAUUGGAAAAGGAAAGGAUGGAAAGAAUGUGUACUUCAAAGAUAUUUGGCCCACUAAUGAAGAAAUAGCGGAGGCAGUACAAUCUAACGUGCUGCCAAGCAUGUUCAAAAGCACCUAUGAGGCUAUAACAAAGGGCAACCCAAUGUGGAAUGAGCUCUCUGUUUCUGCUUCCACUCUUUACUCUUGGGAUCCAAAAUCUACAUAUAUACAUGAGCCACCAUAUUUCAAGAACAUGUCCAUGGAACCACCAGGCCCUCGUGGAGUUAAGGAUGCUUACUGUUUGCUUAGCUUGGGUGACAGCAUAACCACUGAUCAUAUCUCUCCAGCAGGUUCUAUCCACAAAGACAGCCCUGCUGCGAAAUAUCUCCUUGAGCGUGGGGUUCAACACAAGGACUUCAAUUCUUAUGGUAGUCGUCGGGGCAAUGAUGAAGUAAUGGCUAGAGGCACAUUUGCUAAUAUUCGCAUUGUCAAUAAGCUCCUAAAUGGAGAAGUUGGCCCAAAGACUAUCCACAUUCCCACAGGAGAGAAGCUUUAUGUGUUUGAUGCAGCAAUGAGAUACAAGGAAGCUGGGCAGGACACUAUUGUCCUAGCCGGGGCAGAGUAUGGAAGUGGCAGCUCUCGAGAUUGGGCUGCCAAGGGUCCCAUGCUACUGGGAGUGAAAGCGGUGAUUGCCAAAAGCUUCGAGACGAUUCACCGUAGUAAUCUAGUUGGAAUGGGGAUUAUUCCUCUAUGUUUCAAGCCUGGUGAGGAUGCAGACACGUUAGGAUUGACUGGUAAUGAGCGCUACACAAUUGACCUUCCGGAUAAAAUCAGUGAGAUAAGACCUGGACAAGAUGUUACCGUCACAACUGACAAUGGCAAUUCUUUUACUUGCAUAGCGCGUUUUGACACACAGGUUGAGUUGGCAUACUUUGAUCACGGUGGUAUUCUCCAAUAUGUCAUCAGGAACUUGAUCAAAGAGCAAGAAACUUGAAACAACAACUUCCACUGUACAUCCUUCCUUUGCUUCUCCAUACACUGAUAAAGCUGUUGCCCCUCGAUCUGUUUCGCGAGAGCACAUUUGUAAUUACAUCUCAGGAUUUCUUUAAGUUUAUUCCACUUUAAAUAGGCAGCACGAGAUGCUCUUUUAUGUAAAAAUUAUCAUUUUAGCGUCCCUUGUUUGCACAUCAUGAAUUCUAAGCGGUUUAAUAUAUAAUAAGCAUGGUAUAUGAGCAUUUGAUGGCUUUAUUCUC